AUGGCAGGCUUUCGUCUGAUCGAGCUGGCAAAGCCUUUUGCACCGCUACUUCCCGAGGUGGAACUACCGUACGAAAAAAUUGGAUUUGACGACAAGGUCGUAUACACGAUCUGUGCGGCUUUAAUCUAUGUGUUUGGCCAAUUUCCUCUAGCUGGCCUCGCCAAAAACAGUGGCUUAGAAGAGCAGGGAAGCGCUGGUGCGGUCUUGGACCCUAUUUACUUUGUGCGUGGUGUUUUUGCAGCUGAGCCUAAGACGCUACUCGAGUUUGGAAUUUUCCCUGUGGUAUCUUCUGCUUUGAUCAUGCAGGUGCUAGCAGGUCUUAAGCUGGUCCGUGUGAACUUCAAGGUGCGCCAGGACCGUGAAUUGUUCCAGACCUCCACGAAAUUGUUUGCCAUCUUGCAGUACGUGGUGCUUGCCAACGUGUUCAUUUUUUCGGGAUACUACGGUACCGCAUUGUCUGUUUUCCAAAUUGUUCUACUAAACUUGCAAUUGGCUGCAGCAGGGCUAUUUGUGACCCUAUUGGUUGAGGUGAUCGACAAGGGCUACGGUUUUGCGUCUGGUGCAAUGGCCAUCACCACAAUAAACAUUGCUACCAACUUUGCUGCGGACGUUUUGGGCGUGAACCAAAUUUUAGUCGACAGUGAGGGCCAUCGUGAAGCCCAAGGUGCAGUCAUCAACCUGUUCCAGUCCUUGCGCUCUUCUCACAAGACCAUUGUGGGAGGCAUUGUGGGAGCUUUCAACCGUGACUACUUGCCUAAUUUGACUACUUCGCUUCUGGUUAUUGCAUUGGCGGGAGCUGUGUGCCUGCUGAACAAUUUCCGCUUCGAACUGCCCAUCAGAUCCACAAGAGCCCGUGGUGUUAACAACGUUUACCCAAUCCGUCUACUUUAUGUGGGUGGGCUGUCUGUGCUGUUCUCGUACGUUUUGCUAUUCUACAUCCACAUUUUGGCUUUCAUUUUGGUUCAAGUUGUCGCUCGCAAUGAUCCUUCCUCCCUCUUGUACAAAAUCAUCGGUGGUUAUGCGUCCUCGAACAACCUGCUAUAUGUCCCGCAAUUCCCACUGUCCUUGUUGACUCCACCUAAAUCCUUCAUCGAAUGCCUCACCAGACAACCAUUCACCCCAUUUGUUUUUAGCGCAUUCAUGAUUGUGACCGGUAUUUGGUUCGCAGGACUCUGGCAAGCCAUUAGUGGUGCUUCUGCUCGUGACAUUAGCGUCCAAUUCAAAGAUCAAGGAAUCACUUUGACCGGCCACAGAGAACAAGGUAUCACUAAAGAAUUGGAGAAAAUCGUUCCAGUUGCAUCUACUACCGGUGCUGGCAUUCUAGCCAUCUUAGUUGUUGUCGGUGAGCUCUUGGGCUUGAAAGGCAAAGGUGCAAGUAUCAUUGUUGGUGUAAGCGGUGCAUUUUCUCUAUUAGAGCUGAUCACUGCCGAGUUCCAACAAAGUGGUGGCCAAAGUGCUUUGACCCAAGUUUUGGGCGUAACAGGAGCUUAA